AUGCAUACACAUCAGAUUAUUAUUAUGAUAUGCCUGGUGACAAUAAGUAUUACUUGUACUGAAAUGGUAGUACUAGACCCAUCUUUAUAUUUAUCUCCGAGUCCUCCUUUAACCACGACGAAAGAUAAUGACGUCCAAAAAUUAUGGUCACGAAGCGUAGAUUCUGUAACUAAAGAAAAAACAAGAAAACGGACCCCAUCAAUUCAUAGUGAUGAAAUUACAACCUCGAUUCAACAACAUGAAACAAUGGAAGGUUCAGAAACAUUUUGGCCAAGUUUUCGUCCUAAUGUGAGAGGCAUACACAUACCAUUAAGUUUUCAUAUAUCUGGCACAUACGGUGGAAAUUCCGGUACUGGCGUAUACACUAGCAGUUAUAUGGAUAUGGCUACCGGAUAUGAAAAGUUGGGUAAAGCUGUUCUAGCAGGAACCAGUUACAAAUCUUAUGGGAGAUAUCCUGGGAUUAGGAUAUACGGUGGUGAUACCAAGCCAGCGUGGAGUGGAUGGGGAAAUGGCAAAUGGGGUCAUUAUGGCAAAGGA